GCGUCAAGCAGAAGGCCAGUCAGCCGUCAGCGUUUCGCGUGUUUUCUGUAUUUGCCGCAGGAGAGUUUGCAGCGACCUCCCUUGCGGUAUUUUGUUCCUCGGAGGCAUGCCCUCGGAAUCGGAAAAAGGAGGUGAUCAAUAUGCAGUCGUCAAGUUUCCAGAGGAAGGCAACUCUGUGGCUCUUGUACAUACCAAGUGGCUGCAUGGCGAUGUCUGCUUGUGGCCACAGGAUUCCAAGAAUGUUUCGUAUUUAGCCAAAUGUGGAGCCUCUCCAUCCUCCAACUGGCAAGUCGUGCCAUGUGUGCCCAUAGACACAUUCAGAACAUAUGAUGCAGCGCGACAAAAGCUCAAGCAAGCUGAAGAUGGGUCAGACUUGGGGAGUGAAGUGGACCUGGGACGGGGCAAAAGAAAAAAGCAACGAAGAGCCCUUAGCUCAAGUCCGGAAAGUGUGCAGCGACUACCACUUCCACCGCCCUCUAUGAUGAAAAAAGCACAGAAGAGGGAUGGGAGACGUAUUCACAAGCAGUCAUCACAUGCAUCAACAUCUAGGGCUAAUGAUCCCAAUGUUUGCAGUGAUCAAGGCGCAGUGCAAUGUGCACAAAUGUGUGCUAGCGAGACUUCAGAAUCUGAGGGUGAGGCUGAGUCUGGAGGUGAACAAGAUGCAAUGCAAGAAUCAUCAGGCAUUAAAAGAUCGUUCACAGCUCACUCUUUGAUGAAAAGAGCAAGCCAAAUGGGAAAUACACAGUGCAACAAUGAGAAGUGGCAUUCAAGUCAGUCUGUUGCACCUAUUUCAGAUGAUGGCAUUAAGCAGGUCAUCAGGCUUCUACAAACGGUAAUCUUGAGAGUCGAGCACCUGGGAAGCCAACUAGACGUAAUAAAAGCAAAGCUUUGUGACCAACAACUGCAGCCUGAAGCAGAUUUGUUAGAAAAACCAUUUUGUGACAUCACGGAGUUCGAACUGUUUGAUCAAGGCCUCUCAGAAAGUGAUGCAAUGAAGUCAAAGUUGGUUUCUAUGUAUGAAAUAAGCAAGUAUCCUUGCUUGUAUAUGUAGAAGGUUUUAUGUGCGCUGCAGUUCUUAAUUCCAGGUAGAAAAACUUUUUUUUUCUUCAUGUACCUAAAGGUCCUUUUACAGGCAUUACGUAGGGGGUUACAUAUUACAUAACAUCACGGGGAAUAAAUAAUGAAAAUAUACAAGCGUGAAAUGUACCUGGCUUUUUGCACUUAAAAAACGAAAUGUAAUGUAUAAUAGCCAUAUCUUAAGGGACUAAUUUUGUGAACAGUGUACUUGUAUAUUCCUCAGAUCCAACAUAACACAGUACCUUUCAAAGUCAGUAUUUAUGUCAACUGGUCUUUUGCAAACCUGAAAAUGGCUGUUUCCUUGAACAGAUGGUGUGAGCAAUUACUCAUAUCAGCAACUCGUGUGCGUGGACAAUGAGCCCAUUUCUACAGUUUUCUAGUGGCAUUACCACUAGAAAGCUUCUACAUGCCACUAUGUAUUUGCAUGACUACAUAUCUAGUGGCAUUUAAAAUGUACUGCACAUUCAUAAUUUUUGUCAUUGAUGGUACAGCAGUACAUAAUGUACAAAGUUUCAAUCUUCUGAAAAGCUGGUUGCUACAAAAGGAUUACACGCUUGACAUAUGCUGCCACCUGCACUCGGUUUUCCAUUACACCAAAUAUAUUAGCCUAUCACUUCCGGUUUAUUUAUGAGAAGGAUGAAAGUUGUCCAUGGGUGUGGACAGUCAGACUGAAGAGGGUAUAGCAAUGAUGUUAAAGGUUUUUGCAGUGCCAUUGUAGUGCUUAAGUGCAUAAAUGAAAUAAAACAAGACUACUACUUUGCCUGUCAUUUGGAAUUGCAUUGAACUUUUUUGUGAGAUACUAAGCGCUGACCUCUGAGGUAUAAAACACCGAUGAAAACAUAGUGCCAUGCUAGAAACUUGUAGCAUGUUUGGUAUAAGAUGUAAAUCUUGUUUAGGAUUCUUUAUGCUUUAAAAUCUGCAAUCAUGUUUUAUUGAACCUUGCACUGCAGCCUGAAACUCGCUUUCACUCAGUGGGUGGCUUGAAAAUUCACCUGCUAUAAAAAAUUGCUUAGUGUUCUUUGAAAUGUUGGUAUUCCUGUAAUGGUAU